UCCCCCUUCCCCUUAUUCGAACGUUGGACAGGAUCCCGGGUGGCUACACACGAACUCGAUCGGUCGCAUUUAUUCUGGGUGUUUCUUUUUUAUCGUUGCUAUUUUCUUCUUCUCUUACCUCUUCCUUUCAUGGCUGGUAAUCCUUUUUUUUUUUUUUUUUUUCCUACUCAUGUUUUAGCUGUAUUCGGGUUCUGGGCACAGCAUAUGGUAUGGUCCCUUUUCUUCACAUUUGUACUGAUUGUUGCUGGGCUGUUUUGCUCGAUGAAUGUCAUUAUGUGCGUGCCAUUUUCCUCGGGGGCUAUACAUUUACAUGCUUUGAUGCUUCAGAUGCACAUACAUACACAUUUGCGAAAGGAGCACAUCCGUGGCAUGGAUUAUUCACGAUGCGUGGUGGGCUAUAUCUAUGGAUAUCACUGCAACUGCUUCCUUUUUCUUCUCGGGAUAGUCCGGCGUAUGUACGUUUUGCUCUCUUUCUUUCGUAACUAAAAGCAAAAUCCUGGUCGAUCUAUGUUAGUAUCUCUAGAUGGCCGAAACGGAUGAACAUGA